AUGUCCUCUCAAGCCCAAGGGAGCGGGGCUCCGCCAAUGCCUCCAGUGCCCUCCUCGCCUCCAUCGUCGGGUGUGAGACGACAUCACACAAUCUCGGCUUCGUCUAGAUCGGCUAGGCAGGGCGCAAGAGAGAUCAUCUCGGAGGAAACCGACCAACAGCACUGGGACGAGGAUGAGGUCGUCGAUCAGGACUGGGUUGUGCAGGGUGUAUUGGGGGCUGUCGGUGAGAAGACAAGCCUUCACAGACAGAGUUCAUUACCCGCGCGCUACCCUAGAACCUACCAAACCCGAGGCUCGAGGACCGGGACAUCGACCCCGAAACCUAUGAAUAGUCUCACUGCUAUUGCAGGUCACGAGGGUGAUGAGGAAGAUUGGGAGAGGGAUAUGCGAGGACUCAGUGUGAACGACGAGGAGGCUCCAGAGGUACUGCCACACCAGCAAACUAUGGAUCCGUCCAAUCCGUCUCCCUUGUCGCCACAUUUUGGCGCUAUACCAUCUCCUCCCCCGGCUGGAGCUGCUGGCGUUCGUCGACACGUCUCUCUCACGUAUGGUGCAGGCGCAGGUGGUCCAAGGAAAAUUGCUUCGCAACUGAAGCGCUCUGGAACUCUUCAGGCACCCCAUCCCCAUGGGAUCACCCCAACUCCCCCGGGUUCACAACUAUCAGGGCAUAAUACUCCCAGUCCACCCAACGCUGAGGAAGAAGAAUAUGGGUUCGACCCCUACGAGUACGUUGAUGAAUACGCAGCCCCUGCGGGCUACGAGGGCGACUACCCGCAGGGACAAUAUGCGAAUCCAGCCAGUCCCAUUGGACGUUCGUCACCUUGGAACAAUACUAAUACUGCUCAAAGUAAUGACUGGCGAGGCGUCUCCACUGGUGGGAGUGUUGAUGACGUUCAACGUGCCCUCUCGACCUUAGAGUUGAGCUCUCAAGGAUACACGAACAACAGUAACGGUGCAUCUUAUCAAGGCGGACAGGCUGCACAACCUCCUCGUUUUAACAACGCCCAACAGCAAGCUUCCGUACCUCGCAAUGGUACCGAUGGCAAUAACAACAACACCCCUCGUAACAAUGGUGGGAAGCUGCAACUUGUGACCGACUUUGAUGGUCGCAAAACCCCGCAAGGCCAGCAACCUGGCAACUCAGGUCCAGCCAGCGCUUCUGCCUAUGUUCCUAAUUUUGGCGCGGGCAUCAAUCAGCAGUACACGGGUGGGAGCAAUAGAGGCGGUGAUGAACGGCAGGUGGGAGGCGAUCGUGUACUCAGCGGCCGGUCCUCGAAUCCGAACCUUGGAUAUGGGUAUCAGCAAGGGCAGCAAGGCAACGGAAAGAAUGGUAAUGGAAUCCCCAAUGUCCCGCCUAUUCCCCAGCAGUACUUGCAGCAACAGCAACAGCAACAACGAGCGUAUGGUAACAAUCAAGGGGUUCCAUCCGCUGGUCCCGUUAACGUAGGCGGGAUGGGCCCAGGCUUCAUAAGUUCUCCCAUCGAUGUUCCGAGUCUUAUCGCCAGCAAGGGUUACAAUCCGUCCAAUUUCGAUAUUAAACCUCAGUUUGCGAGAUACUUUGUGAUCAAAUCAUACACGGAAGACGACGUCCACAAAUCCUUGAAGUAUGAAAUCUGGAGCUCGACCGACCCAGGCAACAAGCGUUUAGACAAAGCGUUUAAAGAAUGCGCGGGCCGUGGACCAAUUUAUCUCUUCUUCAGUGUGAACGCUAGUGGACAUUUCUGUGGCAUGGCGGAGAUGCUAACUCCCGUGGAUUACACGAGGAGUAGCACUGUCUGGGCGUCGGACAAAUGGAAAGGUGUUUUCAAAGUUCGAUGGAUAUUCGUUCGAGACAUCCCCAACGUGAACCUGCGCCACAUCAAGUUGAACAACACGCAAGAGCGUAAGCCGGUGACGAACUCCCGAGACACGCAGGAACUUCUCCCAGAGGCUGGCCAAGAAAUGCUGAGGAUCUUCCACAGCCAUCCUGCUCGCACAUCUCUUCUUCAGGAUUUCGCAUUUUACGAGCUUCAAGCUUUGCAAAAGAUGCAACCGCCCCCCAACCCAACUGCGUCCCCUAACCCCGGACAUAUGUCUCCACCCUUGCAAUCUGUCUCCCCACCGCCUCAACAACAGUAUGCAAUGCAAAAUCCUAAUCAACUAGCCUUCCAAAUGCCGCAAAUGACCCCAAUGAUGCAGAUGCAAAUGAAUAUGGGCAUUAACAUGGGUAUGGCUGGUUCCGGUUUCGGGAUGCCCCAGACACAAGCCAUGCACCAAAGCGUGAUGCGUCACCCGAGUCCUGGUCCCAGUGGCGGCGCUGGUGCUAACUUCAUGCCCCUAGGCGGCUUCCAAUAG